CGAAAACCCGCCGUGUUUAUAAGGGUUGGUUGCGGGGCGGCGGUUGUUGAUGUAUGUGUCAGAAGUCAGGUAAUCGGCACAGAGAGCAGCUAGCAGGUAACGAUGCAGUUCCUAGGGCGGCUGCUGGACACAGUCUCCUCUGUGUCGACCCUCUUCACCAACCCUUACCGGGUCCGAGAAGUGCCGCUGUCUGACUAUGGAGGAGGAGGGAAAGUGAAAUUGAAAGAGGAGGGUCGCAUAGUUCUGUACAAGUACAGUCAGUCAUGGGACUGUCUCCUUCUCUGCCCAGAGACACCAAAUGUGGCUUUGAGGCUGUUUCAGGUGGCGUCAGAGGAAGAUGCCAUGAACUGGUUCCCACAGUACGCCCUCAAACUUCGACCUUUCUAUGAAACGCUUCUUCUGAAGUGUGAGUCGACACAGCCAAUCGUGGACUGCAUCCGUGCUCACCCAGACUGGAGCUCUGCCCACAUUGCUGUUGAAACAGGCCUGAGAGAGUGUCUCAAACACAACUAUGUGCAGAGUCAGAUCAAUGCUCGGGACGCAUCAGGCCAGACGCCGCUGCAUCUGGCAUGUGGGCGAGCUGACGCCACAUGUGUGAAGGAGCUUUUGGAAGAAAGCCAAGCUCGCACCGACAUCAAAGACCAAAACGGAGAGACACCGAUCCACUACGCUGCCAAGCAGGAUUCUACGGUAAUCAUCCAGGUCCUUUGCUCGCGGUUAUGCUCUGGUGUGGACGAACUCAACAAGAACGGAGAGACGCCGCUCCACGUGGCCUGCCGUACGGGCCGAGUGGAGGCUGUCAAGGCCCUGUUAGGAGGUGGGGCCAAGUGUGACAUCAUUGGCGGUACAGGUUACCCCAUCCACAGCGCCAUGAAAUACAGCGAGAAGGGGUGAGUGGGAGGAACAAUGAGUUAUUUUUGUAUGUGUCGCAUGCUGUUAGAGUGUGGCUGUGAAGUGAACUACCUCAGUAAGACUGGAGAGAGCGCUCUGCACAUUUUGACCAAGAAGGGUCGCUUUGAGGCGGCUAUGGUGUUGCUCACCCACGGAGCGAAUGCCAACCUGAGGGGCCAGGAUGGAAACACAGCUCUGCACUUAGCUAUGAAGCAGCUUGCUUAUGUUCUUGCUUUCUCUCUUCCUUUCAUCUCUCUCCGUCUCUCCUCUUUGUGGCGUGUGUGCACGUCUAACUUGUUGGCUGCUGCUCUGUGUGUGUGUUUGUGUGUUAACAUGAAAGGUCCUAAUAGAAAGAUACUGCUGGACUUGCUGUGUAGUGUAGGAGUACAGCGUUGCCUCCCUCCCUCCCCCGGCAGUCCUCCUCCUCCUCCCAUCUCCAAGAAGGUCAAGCCUCAAGGCAUAGGAUUUGAGGACAUCUUGUAUGCGGGGGCUGCAGUGGGUGCAAUGAGCAGAGGCAUAUCUGAAAUAGACGGCUCCCAAAUGGAAACGAGAAAGAUGGACAGUCUGCUGUGUCUUGAUGGUGGCGGUAUUAAAGGCCUGGUGCUGAUCCAGAUGCUGAUCGCUCUGGAGAAGGAGGCGGGCAGACCCACCAGAGAGCUCUUCGACUGGGUAGCUGGUACGAGCACGGGAGGCAUCCUGGCUCUGGCUAUAAUCCACGGUAAAUCCAUGGAGUACCUGCGCUGCCUGUACUUUAGGAUGAAGGAGCAGGCGUUCAAAGGAUCAAGACCCUAUGAAUCAGCACCGCUAGAGGACUUCCUCAAAACAGAGUUUGGAGAAAACACCAAGAUGACUGACAUAAAGUUCCCCAGGUAG